GACGUUGUUCGCGAUGAACACCCCAAUAACACAUUUGUAGAUAUGUUAUCAAGCGGCCCAUCGGGGUCAACGACAGCAAUGACAGGACCCUCGUACCCUCAGCUUCCAUGGUGGAUCGUGCCCACUGGGCUCCCUCCACUGCUCCACAACCCAUGCCCGGUCGUCGCCACUACAACCCCGAGCUGGCUCACUGGCACCAACGGAGAGUCGUCGGUUAUAUUCAUGCCCCAUGCGCAUAUGUAGCGACGUCCAGUUGUAUUUGUUCGAAGUCUGCAAGCCCGUCAGUUCGAAGUACGUUUUGUGUUAGAUGUGUCGACGAGCAGAGAUAACGGUGCGAUUCGCCGACUCGUCUUCCUGUCAUUGGCUGCUCUUCGUCAGAGGGAAGUCAUAAAACAAUGUCACUUAUGGCAGCAGCAAUGAACAGGCAGAAGGCAUUGUUGCCAGUAGCGGGCUCACGUAUUUGCUGGCAGUGGUGGUCGAGAGGAAG